CGCGCGACUGUUGGAUGUCGUGUUGGUCUGACGGACAAUUCUAGGACGAUGGCGGCGGCGAUCUUACACGUUUGCUCGUCUCCCGAACGCGAAGUGGACGUUGGAAUCGGAGUGCCGCCAAAUGGCCGAGGAAGUGCGGAAGCGCCCGAGUCUUCUUCUUCGAGCGGCGGGUGUCGUUCUGGUAUGUCGUCGGAAGCAGAGAACGACAUGGCGACGACAAGAAUUCGGUUUGCACCUACCGACUCGACGUUGCCUGUCCCGUGGAAAGCCCUGUUGGGUGUGGUGGAUGGACACGAGCAUGUGUAUUUCUGGAAUCCUGUCACCAAUGUGACGCAGUAUGAGAAACCGCAGUCUUCGGUCACUGAAGGAGACGCUCAUGCUACUCGAAAUUGGGAGGGACCGGGGUCUGUCGCUACAGCAAGACGUGAGCCGAUCGGAGUAGAAAUCAACAAGAAUGGUGCUGACUGGUCUGCAGCUGCCUCUCGAAGCACUAAAGUCCAUAGAUCUCAUGAUGGCGAUUCUAGUAGAGGCAUCAAACGCCCUUGCACAGGAGAAUCACCAGAUUCCUUCAAGCGACCGAGAUCCGUAGUCUCAUACCCAAGAGUUGACUCAUCACCCGAAAUCAACGCAUACAAGAAGAAACAUGAAAUUACAGCGCAGGGAGACAACGUUCCACAUCCUUAUGUCAGCUUUGACUCGACAAGCUUCCCCUCAACUCUGUUGCAAGAGCUGAAAGCAGCAGGCUUUACUGCACCAUCCCCAAUACAAGCACAGAGCUGGCCCAUAGCGCAGCAGGGCCGUGAUCUGGUAGCUAUUGCGAAGACUGGAUCCGGAAAGACCCUUGGAUAUUUGGUGCCCGCAUUUCUUCAUCUUCGACGUUACCGAGAUCCAGCUUUUUGCGGUCCUAACAUUCUGGUGUUAGCACCCACCCGCGAACUCGUCAUCCAAAUUCAGUCGGAAGCAAAGAAAUUUGGCAAUUCCUCGAACAUAUCUAGCACUUGUGUAUAUGGAGGAGCCGAUAAGAGAUCUCAGUUGCAAGCAAUAGGUCGAGGAGUUGAUAUCAUUGUCGCCACUCCUGGCCGCUUGAACGAUUUCCUGAAGGCGAGGACAGUCAGCUUACAGAGGGUUUCUUACGUCGUCCUUGAUGAGGCAGACCGCAUGCUCGACAUGGGAUUCGAACCCCAGAUUCGAGCGAUUUUCAGUCAAUUACCCGCUGAAAGGCAGAGCCUGAUGUUUACUGCUACAUGGCCGAGAGAAAUAAGAUCUAUUGCGGGAGAACUGCUUUCUACUCCCGUCCAGAUCAACAUUGGCAGCACCGAUGAUCUCGCAGCGAACAAGGCGAUCAUUCAACACGUAGAGGUCAUUAAGAGGUUUGAUAAGCAGAGGAGACUUGAGCAAAUUCUCAAGAGUCAAGACAGAGAUUCGAGGAUUCUUGUGUUCAGCUCUACUAAACGCAUGUGUGAUCAGCUAGCUCGCAAUUUGAAUGGUUUCAAGGCAGCAGCUAUCCAUGGGGACAAGUCUCAAGAAGAUCGGGAGUUCACUUUGUCUCAGUUCAGAAGUGGAAAAUCUCCAGUUCUGGUUGCAACUGAUGUCGCUGCCAGGGGACUUGACGUGAAGGACAUCAGGGUGGUUAUAAAUUAUGACUUCCCUACGAAAUUUGAAGAUUACAUACAUCGAAUCGGUCGAACUGGUCGUGGUGGUGCAACAGGGACAGCAUAUACAUUCUUCGAUGGUGGACAGGAUGCGAAAUUCUCCAAAAAGUUGGUGAAGGUUCUCGAAGGUGCAAAUCAGAAAGUUCCCAAAGCGCUGGCAGAUAUCGCUGCCCGAGGUGGAAAUUUCUGAAUUCAAUUUCCGUCAGUUCACAAACUGACACGAACCUGUGUUUUGGUUCCUGGAACCCUCAAAUGAGGUGACACAACAUUAAUGGCAACCGCACUUCAACGACAGAGAUUUUCAUACUUCCAAAUGAAAAGCAGUAUCAGGACAAGGCAGUCUCUUCCUCCCGCUGCUCUCGAGACGAAAACGACCCAUCAUCUUCAGGUUCAAUCGACCUACGGAAAUCCUACAUUGACACCACAGGGGACAGCAAUUCUUUCAUUCGUAGAGUCAUGUUUUCUCAUGAGUCAAACAUUAUUCUUGUACAAAAAUAAUAUACACAUAAAAACUAAAAUACUUGUAAACGGCCCACUGUGUACAAAACG